ACAUCUAUACUGUAAUUGUCUGUAUCCUCUUCCCCGACCACGCGCGCACAUUCAACGCGUGUCUCGCGUGUCGCUCUUCCUCCGCUCUCUUUUCAGAACCCCGCUUUUACCUGUUGACAGUGAAACUUUGGCCCAAUCCACUGGUAAAAAUCUUUAUCCUUAAACCAUACGAGUAACGAGUUCGGUAAACUCCUCUGCAAAUGCGCUUAGGGACGAUGAAAUUUGUUGGCGUUGCGUUGCGUUUCGACACGCCCACGCCUCGAGGAGGCGAGAGUAAAUUCCGCUAUGCUCCAUUGUAACACUUUUUUCUCGUAUCGCAAUUUACUGUAAAUCGGUUUAUCAGGAGACAAACUGUCUGCCAUCAUAUGAUGGUGCAGAUCGUAUCUUUUGAGAGUGUCGGAAGGUCUCCAGCUGUGAUCCUGUUUGACUUAGCAUAGCAACCAACUUGAAAUUAGUAACAUUUGCAGCAAAAAUCAAUAUCAUUGCAAUAUAACGAGUGUUUACUUCAAACCAGACAUCAGGACGCCUGUCGAGUGCACAAUAUUGUCGGACAAUUUGUAAGGGUAUGUUAAUUGGUAGAUUAGUUAGGAACUAUAUUUAUAUAAACUUUAACAAAUGUUAAUUGGAUAAAGAAAGCUGGAAAAACAUAGAUAUUCGACUCAGAAGUUAUGAUCAUGUCAUUAUAUUACAAUGAUAUCGAUUUUUGCUUCAAAUUUUACUAAUCUCAAGUUGGCACAGGUUAUUCGUUCAAUUCACCAAAAAUAAACCAAACAAAAAUUGUUACUUCCGCCAAUACAGUCAUGAUUUCUCUUGGUUGUGCAUUCUUCUGACCAAACAAAGGCGUAUAAUGAUCUUUCCUUUUUAUUUAAUUGUGUGUUGUAACCUGAUUUUCUAAAUAUCCGCUUAACGGAUCGUAUGAAAGGAAAUUGUCUCAAGUGCCUCGUGAUAAAUUUUGGAAGGCUUCCAGUACAGAUGUCAUUUUUUGUCUCUGCAAGCAUUCACUAUGUUGGACCAGUCGUAGAACAAGUCGAUAACAGUGCGUCCUUAUACGCCAGUUCAAUUCAAGGACAUCAUCUCUGUGUGCUUGUAAAACAGCUACCGGAUCACUCGGUGUCUGUAGAUGGUAAAAGUACAGACUUCUCUCUUGUAUCGAGUGUGCUUGAAGAAAUGAAAUCACUUCUACUAACGCCGCCAUGACACUGAAGACCAUCUAUAAAUCGACAAGUUGGAAUGAAAAUCGAAAUCAGAGUGAAUCACCAGGCCGUUCACGGUACAGAAAGCCCGAGUAUAAGGAAGAAGGCGACUGGGCUACAGAAGAGAUUAACAUUUUAACUGUGAUAUCAGGGGACAAAAUAAUUAACUAAUUUCAAUGUGAAUUUUUAACAAUUGUCAGGGAGAGUUUGUACUUACACAUAGAUAUCUGAAACAAUAGACCCGUGCCAAGAGGGUCAUUGCGUUCUUUACAGGGCAAUAGUUGCGUGCAAGAUAAAAAAAAAUUAAAUGCUGUGCGCAUUCCGAGGCCUUUGAGAGUAACUACCAUAUGGAACAGAAACUAGUGUGGGAGGGGGGGUGGGGAGGGUGCUCGGUGCUCUGCAGAUAAUUGUAUGGUCGUAUCGAUAGAAUAUCUCCUCGCUCUGUCCCCAAUCCUAGAAUACGCAUGUCCAUCUUGUUGGCCAUUCAUCAAUAUAUUUUCACAGUCGAAAUGAUGUCGGAUGGAAGCCCUUCAAGUGAUAUAGGGACAAGCCCUUCCCAGUCCCCCCGUGUAGCAGCCUAAUUAAACGAUCGACUCUAAUGAUCUACGUUUGUGUUAAAAGUGUUUUCAGGUAGGAACUGGAUUUGAAAUUAAAUCCUCAAUAAAUAGCUAGAAAAUAAACUUGACCUCGGUCCGUUUCAACAGAGUUCUGGUUGUGUUUCGUUGCUUAGACAACUAACGAAUCGCCGUCAUUUGUGCCAGCGUCAUUUUGACUGCGUUGACCGUAGGCCUGGUUACUAGUGCAGCUAAUCGGAAGUCUGUUGAUUGUCUCAAACAAUGUAUAUUUAGCUUCCUAUUUUUCAUUCUCUAUUCAGCAUUGGUUUUUCAGUCAAAUACUUAAAAUAGUCCAAUUGAAUUGAGCCAAUGUUAAUAUUAAUAGAAUAGUGCAAAACGAUCGAAUAUGUAAAGCAAAAUUUUCGUUCCUCUGCUAGCUUGUAAACAAUUAUUGGACAAGGUUUUUAUGAUAUCCAGAAUAAACCGGCGUGCCCAAUUAGUGAAAA